UGAUGCCGUUGGAUCUUUAUUCUCAUUGGUCUUGUUCCAAUUCCGUAACGUUCCUCAUUCCGUUUCUACUCCUUGGACAUUUAAAGAUGGGCGACCUCGUGGAGUGCUUUGUGAGUGAAUUUUGGCACUCGGUGAAGUUUGUCGAAACUCCCAGUUGUUUACGAGAAAGGGAAAUUUUUUACAGCAGAUAUCUUUUACAGACAUUAGAAAGAUCAUUAUCUUUCAACAAUCUAUGGAGUGAUUGAAGUGGACGUUUAUUGAACUUGUGACGUUAGUACGACAUCAACUAUUGAAUACUUAUCGUCCGAAUGCAUAUUAUGAACUGCCAGUCGAGAAUAGUGCAGUGUUUUAAAAGAUUUUGAAAGAUCUCGUAUAAUUGCAAAUUGUGUUAUAAUCAAAUAAUGCAAUUCCUAGUUUUGUGAGGAAAUUGAACAUUUUCUCAUUGUUUUGAUUUGUGGUCUGCUUGGAUAUACCAACUUUUAAUCAUUUAAGUGUUUAUAUCCUUCUAUUGACAAUUAUUAAUUAUCGCACGCCGUUGUAAUAACUCAGUUCUUAACAGAUUACUUGACUUAAACGUGCACGGUCUAAGUGCUUAUGAACAGAACGUGUUAUUAAGGAAGACGACUUAUGAAAGUUCUGGUUGAAAAUAUGAUUCUAUAUUGUCAAAGGUGAUCUAAACCCAGGCAGAAGUGCGAGAUCAAGAGGAUUGGAGCAAAUAUAAUAAUAUACAUAAUUAACAGGAACUGGGAGUGAAAAAUUUAAUUUAUUUUAACAGUGUUAUUUUGAAAAACAUUAAAAAUGUCGGGAAAUAAAUGCCGCAAUUGCGGCUCAACGGACAUAGAAACUGAUCCAGCGCGUGGAGAUGCCGUUUGUACUCAGUGUGGUUUUGUGCUGGAAGAUCAGCUGAUCGUCAGCGAAACAACAUUUGAGGAAGCCCCAACGGGAAAUAUGAUGGUUCUUGGCCAGUUUGUAGCUAGCGACAGUACUGGAGGUGCCACUGGAUUUGGAGCAGCGUAUCAUGUUAAUGGCAAGGAGUCUAGGGAAAUUACUAUACAAAAUGCACGGAAGGGUAUAACACAUCUCUGUAUGCAGUUACAGUUAAACCAGCAUUGUAUCGAUACCGCUGUUAACUUCUAUAAAAUGGCUUUAAGUCGUCAUUUAACACGAGGUAGGAAGCAAGCUCAUAAUCAUGCUGCUUGUGUAUAUAUUACAUGUCGGACGGAAGGCACUGCUCAUAUGCUGAUCGAUAUUAGCGAUGUGUUACAAAUUUGUGUUUAUGAAUUAGGACGCACAUACUUAAGAUUUACCCAGGCUUUGUGCAUCAAUAUUCCAUCUAUGGAUCCCUGCUUAUACAUUCUGAGAUUUGCAAAUAAACUCGAUUUUGGAGAUAAAACACAUGAUGUUUCAAUGACGGCAUUACGUGUAGUUCAACGAAUGAAGCGAGAUAGCAUACACAGUGGCCGUAGGCCUUCUGGAUUAUGCGGAGCAGCAUUAUUAAUGGCUGCUCGAUUACAUGAAUUUAACCGUUCACCAGCUGAUAUUAUAAAAAUUGUGAAAGUACAUGAAUCUACAUUGCGGAAAAGACUUAUAGAAUUUGGAGAUACGCCGUCAAGUGCCUUGACCUUGGAAGAGUUCAUGACAGUUGACUUAGAAGAAGAACAAGACCCACCAGCUUUCAAAGCAGCGCGUAAGAAAGAUAAAGAGAGGUUACAAAAAUUAGAUGCCAUGAGUACCGAGUUCAAUGAGUUACAAAAUGAAAUUGAUAAACAAUUAGAGAAACAAAAGUCAUCUAAAGGAAGACAACGAAUAGAUACCAUUGAGGAAGAACUGGAUGCUGAUAGGUUUAUCAAAGAGAGUAAUUUGAGAGUACUCCAAGAUUGCAUCGACGUUGAUCCAGAUGACUCGGAAGAAGAUGUUCCGAGCGCAGUUAUUGAAGCAAGCGAAAUUGUUACCGAAUUAGGACCAGAUGUUUCUUCUAUGGGUCUGACUUCAUCUAUGAAUGAACGGACAAAUGUAUCAGCAGAUAUGAGCGCUUCUAAUUUUGAAGCACCAUCGGGAGAACUAGAUAUUACCGACUUGGAUGAAGAAGAAUUAGAUGGAUAUAUUAUGUCGGAGAAGGAGGCAAGGGAUAAACAUAACUUAUGGAAUAAAUUGAAUGCAUCAUAUCUCGACCAGCAGAAAGAAAAGGAAGAGAAACGGCAGAAGGAGAAGGAAGAGGGAAAACCUGAAAAAAGGAAGAGACGAGCUACUGCAAGAAAGAAUAAAAGCCAAGGGCCAGCAAAUAGUGCGGGAGAAGCAAUCGAGAAGAUGUUACAAGAAAAGCGGAUAUCUUCAAAAAUUAAUUAUGAAGUUUUAAAGAGUCUGAAUGUUGGGAUAGGUACAUCAAAUAAUCAACAAAAAUCUCAGGAUUCUAUUCCAACGAAUCCUAAGAAACCCAAUUUGGACAAUUCUUUUGGUUCUACUACAUUAAGUGCCUCGCAAGAACAUUCCUCAGAAAUGAACACAACAAAAUCGUCACAACCGAUAAAGAAUCCAAGAAUAAAUGCUCAAAAAUCUAAGAAAGAAGAAUUUGGACUUCCGGUUACGGAACCCGUGUACGAAACGGAGGAACUUUCAGAGUCAAUACGAAUGGACACAUCGGCCAUUGCGGAUGAAAACGAUGAUUACAUUGAGGAAGAAGUUGAACCCGAUCCCACAGAGAUGGGAGUUGGCCAAAUGUUGGGACGCCGAGCCGACGACGAUGAAUAUGGCUAUGGCUAUGACGACGAAGAUUACUAAUGCUUGUACGAUGAAA